UUGCUGCUCCCCAGAUCGUGCAGAUACCCUCACUCUAGACUACGAGACUACUGGAUACUAGUGCAACCAUGGCUGUCGAACGCAUUGGCUCCAUCAUCAAGCACCUGGCCCCCGGGUCAUCGCUGAACAGCAUCCAGUCCAAGAACCCCGAUGAUAUCGUCAUCACCUAUGCCGCCCGCACGCCGCUGACCAAGGCGCGAAAGGGCGGCUUCAAGGACACGAGCCUGGAGUACAUGAUCAUGGCCCUGCUCGAGAAGGUCCGCGAGAACAGCGGUGUCGACCCUGCCAUCGUCGAGGACAUCUGCCUCGGCAACACCGGCGAUGCUCAAUCCGCCUACAAGAUCCGAGCUGCGGCCCUGGCUGCUGGCUUCCCCCACACCACCGCCGCCAGCGUCGUCAACCGCUUCUGCUCCUCUGGCCUCAAGGCCAUUGCCGACAUUGCACACCAGAUCUCCAACGAUUCCAUCUCGGUGGGCAUCGCCAUCGGUGCCGAGUCCAUGUCCACGGGCGGCGGCGCAGCUAGUGAACUCGACGAGGCCGUCAUCAAGAGGACCCAGGAGGCCCACGAUGCCAUUCAGCCCAUGGGCUGGACCAGCGAGAACGUCGCCAAGGACUUUGGCAUCACUCGAGAGAAGAUGGACAUUUACUCGGCCGAGAGCUUCCAGCGAGCGGAAAAGGCCCAGAAGGCCGGCUUCUUUGACGACGAGAUUGUGCCCAUCACCACAAAGGUCAAGGACGCCAGCGGCGAGCUGAAGGAGGUGACGCUCACCAAGGACGAGGGCAUCCGCCCCGGCACCACUGCCGAGGGUCUCGGCAAGAUCCGCGCUGCUUUCCCCCAGUGGGGACCUACCACGACUGGUGGAAACGCCUCGCAGGUCACCGACGGUGCUGCGGCCGUCGUGCUGAUGAAGCGAUCAACCGCCAUCAAGCUGGGCCUGCCCAUCAUGGCCAAGUACGUCGGCUCUACCGUCACGGCCCUGCCCCCCCGCAUCAUGGGCAUUGGCCCCAGCCUUGCCAUCCCCAAGCUGCUCUCCAUCUACAACAUCAGCCUCAACGACAUUGACGUCGUCGAGAUCAACGAGGCCUUUGCCUCCAUGGCCGUCUACUGCCGCGACAAGCUCAACCUGGACUGGGCCAAGAUGAACCCCAGGGGAGGCGCCAUUGCUCUCGGCCACCCUCUGGGAACCACUGGAGCGCGACAGGUCGUGACUGGCCUGAGCGAGCUGCGGAGGACCAAGAAGAAGCUGCUGUUGACGAGCAUGUGCAUUGGAACCGGCCAGGGCAUGGCUGGUCUGUUUGUCAACGAGCAGUUGUAAGGGAUUCGCUGGCUGGGUUUGAUAGGGUGUCUUGUACAGAUAUAUAUCUUUUUUUUUUGUAAUUUUUUUGGAUGAUAAAAAUGCAAGCGAUUAUUUUUUCUCUCUAUAUUACCACUGGUUU